GUGGUACGGUACCAAAAAUUGAGCGUAGUGUAAACGGGGCUUAGCUAAGUAGUUAGUCCAAGAACCAAAAAAGUGGUACGGGUACCAAUUUUAACCGUGCCGUACCAAAAAUUGAGUGUAGUGUAAACGGGGCUUUACACUGUCAAAGUUUCUGUGAUCUCAGAAAGUUUCAGUAGGAAUUUUGCAUAGGUACAAUUUACGUUUUGAAAUGUUUGAGGAAACUGGAUCGGUGAUCACAGAAACGUUGAUUGCCUUUAAGGAUGCUUGACAUAGUAAAUCAAAUUUGAUAUCAAAUGCAUGUAAAUUUUUUAAGUUUAGAUUUUUUUACAUGGCCUCUUGGAAGAGCAUUUUUACGAAAGGACACCUUGUUACAUUAUGCAUUUUUCUUUCAGUAAUGCUUGGGUACUUUGCACAGUUUACCGUACCGCAAGAAUUUGAUGGCGUGUGUUCCGACGGUUUUUCCGUUCUUUUAUUGGCGUGUUUUGAUUGGUUGGUUGUUUAAGUAGAUGCUUUUAUUAUUAUUAUAGGUGUUUCCCGAGCAGCGUACAUUCACGACCCAACGACUGUUACACCCCAUUGUUGGGCGUGGAUUUGUGGGUGGAAAAUUUUCGAGUGGAAUUUGUCGAGCUUUAACCAACUGAGCUACUGAGAGGGCAGUUGUCGAGCUCUAACCACAAAUUCAUGUAUAAAUACUUAGGUGAUAUGCCAAUGUAAGGUGUGUAGGUAGAUAUCACGAUUUUAGGCAUCUCACUCGAUUGAACUAAUGUUGAAAGAGUGUUUUGCUUUAAUAAUAAUAAUAAAAUCUUUAUUUAUACUGAUAAAAAAGACCGUUCAGUCAAUUACAUAGAUUGGCUGGUAUCAAUCGGUGAUCAGUGUAUAACAAGUAUAUAUACAAUAACAUAAGUGCGUAACAGUGCAUAAAUAAGGCUAUAUAAUGUAAACACUGUUUACACCUGCAACCUCCGCUGCGAUUCCAGGCGCGACACUCCUCCUCCAUUCGAAAUAGAAAUCUACAAAAUCCUUCAAAAUUAAUACUUCAACCGAUUGAGAUGCCCCAAAUCUAACCUGAGUAUCAGGCCCUUAUGUUUUCAUUCGCCAGGAUUAAUUGGCGGAGGCGAAUAGAGCCUGAUACUCAGGUUAACCCAAAUCCUGAAAUAGACAGUUCAUCCAGUUAUACUAUCAGAUCAGUGUUAAAAACAAUAUGGCCGCUUAAUUUUGAUCUUUUGAUACAUUUUAUACCGUGUAGUUUUACGUAUUUUUAGGGAUUUUUGAGAAAGUAUGGAGUUUUAAGGAGCAAAAUAUGGUAAGAUACGUAGUAUUAUUUUCGUUAAUAAAGAUCUGAAGAUAAAUAGCAUAUGAAUUGCAUUUGAUCGCGCUUAUUUAGUUAUUUUAACCUGAUGAUCACCACGGUAUGAUGGUAUCUACUAUUUUAAAAUCUAAUAAUCUACACUACCUUUGAUCAGAUUGUAUGCUCGUUUACACUUCGAUUUUAUAAUUAGAUGUGAUUUUGUUCUUCUGAUGGGAAGUGUGUAUGAGUUAUGUGGGUACACAUACAGUGAUGUAGCUUUAUAGCACUAUUAAACACAGUAACACGUGCUAAAAUUAUGUGUGCUUGUUUAUGGUACAUGCAUUCUACCUUCGAUCCUUUGUUAGUAAACCAGCUGAAAUCAGCACUUCAUGGCCAAGUCUUCAAAUGACUUUCUUAGAAAAACAUAGGAUUAGAAUGUUGAUUAAUCAAUCCUUAUGCUCAUGCAAUCAUUUGCUUCAAAUUUUGCUAUAAAUAUGCGAGUGCAAAACUGGAUCAGCAAGCGAAGUUUAUUCCGGGCAACUGAUUUUUAUGUCUAACUUUGCCCUAAUUGUAAGUGGGAAAAAUAGUUUAGUUACUCCACUUUAUACACAGAACGUUCAUAACUGAUCUACUUGUUCCCAGGCAUAUCAACCGGACUGUAAAAUUGGUUGUAUACCCAUCUACAACACAAUUUCCACCAAUCGGAUGAGUUGAGGAUGUAGUAUGCCAUAAUGAUGGUGAUAAAAAGUACAAUACCCUAGCCCAGUGGGUAAAUAUCAAGAUUUUGUUGGCAUCUCACAUGGACCUUGUAGAUGGUGGGGCAUGUGAAUCGCAGGGCCACAGGUUUUAUUCCUGCCGCAGACCUAUAGUUGCAUUUUGUUCAGUUGUUCCUGGUUAGGUCUAAUAAAUGUAUAUAAAUUUCCACUUGAUAAUUUCUAUCUACAAGAUCCAUACCAUAAUGGCCUGGCCUGUUUUACAGACCCUUAUUUAAAAGUAAGGUCUGUGACACAAGCUAUGGUCUGCUAGAAAUAUCUUCAUCUUCUAUAAUCUUCUGCUAAAAUGAGUUUUACAUCAUUGCCCCAGGCAAAGAAAGGCAGAGCAAAACCGAAGCAUAAACAAACGGGCAAAAAACGCGCAAAAGGAAAGCAAAGUUGUGCAAGCAGGGUAGCUGGCAUAAAGAAACUGAAAGAGGAUGAUGGCCAGCAAAAAUAUGUUGGCAACCUGGAUGAUUAUGAGCCAAUCAGGAAGCAGCAUUCCGAUGAGGACCGUGAGGAAGAAAGUGAUAUGGACGAUGGUGAUCUCGGCGUGUUUUACCAAUCUCAUACUGACUUCAAGUUUUUGACUUCUGUUGAUUUGCAAGAGUAAGUUUUCAAAUAUUUAAUACAGGAAUCUGAGUUUGCCAAGGUGUUGGUUUAAUACAACCUUGUUCCUCGGUAGGAGCUGGACACAUUAUCUGCUAAUUAACUAUCUUGAAUUCCUUUAAAAUCAAACUUGCAAAACAAAAUGCAACUUAUAAAUUAAAGUAUAAAUAUCAAAUAUUUAUCAUCAUCAUCUAUUGAAAAUCUGCUGCAGAUCACAUGACCAGCUCCUACUAGAGUCUUUCCUCCAAGAGAUAAGAGCCUGGGAACAAGCUUGGGCUUAAUAGGGGUUUGACUCAUUCUUGUCCCCAGAGCCAUUUUCACUAGGUCAAUGGUUAAAAAUUAAGUUCCUAAAGGAUUGGCUUCUCAGAGAGCUGCUAUUUCCCAGAAGUUCAGCAGUUUUUGCUGGGCAAAAUUAUUCUCUUCGUAAUACUUCUCUGUGAAAAUUGUUAUUGGUGCUGAAGCGUCCCUGUUCAAGAGUAUGCGCUAAUUAGAAACUACUUGGCAAAUUUUCAGAUUGCACUUCUGGUUCCAUGUAUCCCAGGCCUAUGAAUGUUGCAUGUAGGCCGAUGCGGCAGAGAGGCCCUGGGAACGAGGAUACGGUUCGACUGUACAUGUUUUAAUUAAUUUCAGAAAGGAUUCAAAGUCCAGUAAAAAGAAAAGAAAAUUGUUGGAAAAUGAGGAAGAGGCUUAUGAGAAAAAACCAAGAUUAGCUGCUGAGGCAUGGAAAUCUGAGCAACAUAUUCGGCUGCCUCUCAAAGACAGCACUAGGGUCAUACCACAGAGUUAUAACCACGCUGAAAAUGGUGAAUAUACUGUUAAUGGGUUUUAAUUGAAGUGUGUCAUAUGUCAAAAUAUUUGUGUGUUUUCAGCAGGAAAUGUACACCACCCUGAAAUCAAAUGUUUUAUAACUACUAAAAAUCAUAGCUCUUUUCAUUCUACCAAGAAUAGCAUUUCAUUUCAUC